AUGUGUCGGAGCUCCUCUGAUAGCAGGCUGAGAUCCAGAUCAUUGAGGGAUUCGGGUCGCUAUUACAAACUAUUUUCAGGUCCGGUUGAUCAGUCAGAGCCCUGUGAGACGAUCUUUGUGGGAAGUUCAAGAAGAAGGUAUGUGAUCAGCUCCAAAUUCUUGAACCAUCCUUUGCUCAACGCUCUCAUUGAGAAAUCCAAGCAUGAACUAGGUCCGGACACGAGCAUAAGUAUGGAUUCGGAUAUGUCUGUGAAGUGUGAGGUGGUGCUUUUUGACCAUCUCUUAUGGAUGCUAGAAAAUGCAGAUCCCAGUCUGUGUUCUGAUUCUCUGGAGGAGUUGGCAGAAUUUUAUGUGUCUGUCUAA